AAUAAGCCAAGGAAAGAGAGAGAGAGAGAGAGAGAGAGAGUCAGAGACAGAAACAGAGACACAUAUGCAAAAACAAAAAAACCCAUCACACGCACGACUCUGUCUCUGUUCUUUUGAGAGAGAGAGAGAGAAAAUUGAGUGAGACCCCGCCUCUACAAUCUCAUCUCCUUUGCAAAAUUUCAGCACUUACCCACAAUUCUAUACACAUUUUCACACUCUGAAACUUAAUCUAUUUUUCUCUGCCUCUUCUCUCUCUCUGUUUUUCUUGCUUGGGUUAUGGAUUGUGAGAGAUGAGAAUGUGAAUCUGAUUUGACUUGGUACACAAAGAUUGCGAAUUUCUUGACUUUCUAAGAUCCUGAAGCCUUCUGGGUCUUUGAUUCAGAUCUGUGUUUGCAAAAAAAAUCAUUUUUUUAUAAAGGUACAUCAUGGCGACAAAAGGGAACUCAGGAGACCAUAGAAGUAGGGGUUCAAUGUCAAUUUUCAUUGUUAUUGGUUUGUGUGGUUUCUUCUACAUAUUGGGAGCAUGGCAGCGUAGUGGUUUUGGAAAGGGAGACAGCAUAGCCCUGGAGAUCACCAAACAGUCAGACUGCAGUAUCCUCUCCAAUUUAAAUUAUGAGACCCAUCAUGGUGGUGAUGCUGGGACAGUUGAUGAAUCUGAAGGAGAAGCCAAGGAGUUCAAGCCAUGUGAUGAUCGCUACAUUGAUUACACACCCUGUCAAGAUCAAAUGCGGGCAAUGACAUUCCCCCGAGAAAAUAUGAAUUAUAGGGAACGCCAUUGCCCUCCUGAGGAAGAGAAGCUGCAUUGCCUCAUUCCAGCACCCAAAGGAUAUGUGACUCCAUUCCCAUGGCCCAAGAGUCGUGACUAUGUGCCUUAUGCAAAUGCACCUUAUAAGAGCUUGACAGUUGAGAAGGCUGUUCAGAACUGGAUUCAAUAUGAGGGCAAUGUUUUUAGGUUCCCUGGUGGAGGCACGCAGUUUCCUCAAGGAGCAGACGCAUAUAUUAAUCAACUUGCAUCUGUGAUCCCAUUUGACAAUGGGAUGGUUAGAACUGCUUUAGAUACAGGCUGUGGGGUUGCAAGUUGGGGUGCAUACCUGUUCAAGAAAAAUGUUUUGGCCAUGUCAUUUGCUCCAAGGGACUCUCAUGAAGCACAAGUUCAAUUUGCUUUGGAAAGAGGUGUGCCAGCGGUUAUCGGCGUUCUUGGAACCAUAAAGUUGCCAUAUCCAGAUAGAUCCUUUGACAUGGCACAUUGUUCCCGGUGCUUGAUUAAUUGGGGUUCAAAUGAUGGAAUGUACAUGAUGGAAGUUGAUCGAGUUCUUAGACCCGGUGGUUAUUGGGUGCUUUCUGGUCCACCCAUCAACUGGAAGGUCAAUUACCAAGCAUGGCAGCGUCCUAAAGAAGAACUUCAGGAGGAACAAAGGAAGAUUGAAGAGAUUGCCAAAAGUCUUUGCUGGGAAAAAAAGCAUGAGAAGGGUGAAAUUGCCAUCUGGAGGAAAAGAAUAAAUUAUGAUAAUUGCCGUGAUCAAGACUCUCAACCUACAAUGUGUGAAUCUGGAAGUGGUGGUAAUGUCUGGUACAAGAAGAUGGAAGGAUGCGUAAAUCCUUAUCCUGAGACUACAAGUGCAGAUGAAAAUGCCGGUGGAGAAUGGAAACCAUUUCCAGAGAGACUCAAUGCUGUUCCUUUCAGAAUAUCUAGUGGAUCCAUUCCUGGAAUAUCUGUUGAGGCGUACCAGGAGGACAACCAAUCAUGGAAGAAGCAUGUCAAUGCUUAUAAGAGGAUCAACAAAAUCCUUGACUCAGGGAGGUAUCGUAACAUUAUGGAUAUGAAUGCUGGUCUUGGAAGCUUUGCUGCUGCUCUUGAAUCACCCAAGUUGUGGGUUAUGAAUGUUAUGCCUACAAUAGCUGAGAAAGACACUCUGGGUGUUAUAUUUGAGCGUGGAUUGAUCGGCAUAUAUCACGAUUGGUGCGAAGCCUUCUCCACGUAUCCUAGGACGUAUGACCUUAUUCAUGCAAAUGGUGUUUUCAGCUUGUACAAGGAUAGGUGUGAUGCGGAAGAUAUUCUUCUAGAGAUGGAUCGUAUUCUACGGCCUGAAGGAGCUGUUAUAUUCCGUGACAAAGCUGAUGUUCUAAUCAAGGUGAAACGAAUUGUGCAAGGAAUGAGGUGGAAUACAAAAAUGGUGGAUCAUGAGGAUGGUCCUCUUGUUCCAGAGAAGAUAUUGUUUGCUGUCAAACAAUAUUGGGUUGCAGGUCAAAACGUAUCUUCACACUGAAAGAAAAGAUUUAGAGGGAAGUUUCAAUGCAAUUAUAGAAGGAAAUGGCACCAUUUAUGAUAAAAAUUCAAGGAAUUUAUUCAUACCAACCCACGGGCGUUCAUGGAAGUAGCAAAGCUGAGGAGUGAGACUAUUGUGGGAGCUAUUGCUGGUUCAAUUGAGUUUUUCUGUGAUAGAUAUAGGAUAUUGAUAGGAGUUAUUAAUUUUUUAAUGUCCAUGUUAAUUUUCCCUUUUAGAUUUUAGUUAUUGAAUUACUGUCAUCUCCCUUUGAAUAUCCCACAGCUGAUAUUAAGGGGCUGUUUGGAUUGAGUUUUUUGAUAACUCAAUUCUCUGUUUCCAUAA